GUAUCGGACAGUUAGUUGACGUAAACAAACAGGGCGAAGGGACGGAGGAGGCUGCCGGGCGGUGACAUUUCUUCACAUUUUUACCUUUUUCUCCUCCCACUCGCCUCCCAGGACCCAGCCAGCCAGGUCACCACUUAGAGGCAGCCCAGGUGAUAAUACAGGCACCAUGAUGGAACCAAAGCAAGAUGAGUCGUUAUUCGUCAAAUAUGUACGAAUUGUGUUUGUUGUCGCCCUCUAUUGGACGGUCUCAAUCUCCAUGGUCUUCGUCAACAAGGCAUUGCUCGGAGGCGCCAGCAUGGGGAAGACCGACGCCCCACUGUUUGUCACCUGGUUCCAGUGUGUAGUGACGGCCGUGUCCUGUCUGCUCGCUUCCAAGGCCACAAGAUUCGCUCCUAACUUGCUGUCAUUCCCGGAGCUUGGCCGCAUUGAGUCUGGGAUUGUGAAGAAGGUGUUGCCCCUCUCGGUGAUCUUCGUGGCCAUGAUAUCCACAAACAAUUUCUGCCUCAAGUACCUCGGAGUUGCUUUCUACUACGUGGGUCGGUCUCUCUCGACGGUCUUCAAUGUUUUGUUUACGUACCUCAUACUGGGCCAGAAGACGUCCACUCCGGCCCUGGUAUCAUGCGGCGUCAUUAUUGGAGGUUUCUGGCUUGGGGUCGACCAGGAGAGUGUGGCGGGAUCGCUGUCGCUGAUUGGAAUCGUGUUUGGAGUCCUGGCGUCCAUGUUCGUGUCCCUGAAUGCAAUUUUUACAAAGAGGGUCCUGCCAGCGCUUGAAGGCUCUGUGUGGAAGCUCUCCUACUAUAACAAUGUGCUGGCGUCCCUCCUCUUCAUGCCCCUCAUCCUGGUCAGCGGUGAGGGCCCUGCCGUGUACGCGCUCCUCACAGCCUCCGCCGACACCCCCUCCGCCAAGGACCCCUACACCUUCUGGGGCCUCAUGGUGCUGGGCGGGAUCUUUGGGUUCGGCGUGGGUUACGUGACGGGUCUUCAGAUACAGGUCACAUCGCCACUCACACACACCAUCAGCGGGACAGCGAAAGCCUGCACCCAGACUGUCCUAGCAACCUGGUGGUACGUGGAACACAAAACUGGGCUGUGGUGGCUGAGUAACUGGACCGUGCUCGCUGGCUCCAUGGCGUACACGAGGGUCAAACAGCUGGAGAUGAAGAAGCAGCAUAGCGCGGGGUUGAAGAUGGGGCCUGUUAGCGAAGACGAUGACUCAAGGGCCAAUGCGACAGAGAUGAGCACUGAGGCCGCGCGCAUCUUAGCACAUCCCCGUAGCCCAGUCUCUUACCCGAUCACACCCACCCUACGCCCGAGCUUACGAGACGGAUAUACUCGAAUGUGCAGAGUCCAUCCAGCAUCGAAACGCCCCAGAGAUGAAACAUAACUUGGAUUUUGAUGAGAAUGUUUUGUGCUAUGGAGUUUGAAUAUGACAAAGGAGGUUGGGGAUAGGAGGCAUUGGGUUUGGUUCUGAGGUGGUGGGAUGGAGUGUGUGUGUGUGUGUGUGUGUGUGUGUGUAUUUACCGAGGUGUGAAAUACAGGAAAAGAGUCUGAGUGUGAGUGUGUGUGUGUGUGUGUGUGUGUGUAUGUGUGUGUGUAAGCGUUGGUGUUAUACAAGGCUGUGAGUUUAAUUAUGGGCAUUUUAAUUAGGUUACAAGAAGCUA